AUCGUUUAAAUAUCAUCCCUAUGCAAUAUUAUAAAACAGCUGUGUAACAAAAAGACGCGUUAUCGUUGAAUUAGUUUCUCUGGAGAAAUUUUUAGAAAAUUUGUAGAACACUGCUUUAAAAGAUUAAAAACAAACUUAAUUUAUUAAAAAAUCCUUAAAAUGCCAAAAGUAAGAAGAUCUCGUAAGCCGCCACCAGAUGGUUGGGAAUUAAUAGAACCUACUUUGGAAGAAUUGGAACAGAAAAUGCGUGAAGCCGAAACUGAACCACAUGAAGGUAAACGUAUUACGGAAUCUUUGUGGCCCAUUUUCAAAAUUCACCAUCAAAAGUCUCGCUACAUUUACGAUUUAUUCUAUCGACGCAAGGCCAUUAGUCGUGAACUGUAUGACUAUUGCCUAAAGGAGAAAAUUGCCGAUGCCAAUCUCAUUGCCAAAUGGAAGAAAUCUGGUUAUGAAAAUCUCUGCUGUCUUCGCUGCAUACAGACGAGAGAUACAAAUUUUGGUACAAAUUGCAUUUGUCGUGUACCCAAAUCGAAGCUGGAAGAAGGUCGCAUUGUGGAAUGUGUUCAUUGUGGUUGUAGAGGUUGCUCUGGUUAAACAACAAAUGUGAAUUCAGUGACCAAUAAAGCUGUAUCAGGAUGUUUUUUUAAUAGUAGUCCGUAGCGCGUAGGCUAUUUAGCAUUUAGUUAAUAAAAUUUUCCACAAUUUCUUAUUACAUAUACAGAGAUAAUAAAUAAAAGAUAAUUUUAAAUAAAGUAUGUAAUUUAAAUACAAA